AUGUCUUCUUCUUUACAGGGUUGUGAUGCAUCUGUUCUGCUGGAUGGAAAUGAUGAGUGGGGGAAAUCAUGGAAAGUUCCGCUUGGGAGAAGAGAUGGACUAGUUGCUAACAAGGCUGGAGCAAAUCUUUCACUCCCUGCUCCAUUUGAAGGUGUAAAUACAAUCAUUGGCAAGUUCGAUGCAGUAGGUCUUAAUGUCACCGAUGUAGUGGCCUUAUCAGGUGCUCACACUAUUGGACUAGCAAAAUGUGCCAACUUCAACCAGAGAUUGUUCGACUUCGCGGGAACCGGUUCUCCGGACAGUACAAUGGAAUCAAGUAUGGUAUCUGAUCUACAGAAACUAUGUCCACUAACUGAUGAUGGGAACAAGACCACAGUUCUUGAUCGAAACUCCGCUGAUCUAUUCGACAACCACUAUUUCCAGAACUUGUAUAUUGCAACUUAG